UCUGGAAUAGUUAAUGGCCGUACGGCGAUCUACCGGCAGACACCGACAAGAUAAUUUAGCUACCGGCACUUAUUUCCUAGCAUAAAUCCAGCCUCGGCGAUGAUCACGGAUGCCAUUCCAACCGGCACUACCACCAGCCAAAUCCAUCGCCCAAAUCUGUCGCUAGUCACCUCCUCAUACGCUCGAUGAUCCCAGAGCCAAAAUGGAAGGUGCCUGAAGACUUCGUCUGAUCCUAUACAUGUAUGUACGUGGUGAAUAUCUUAUGCCGAUGACAUUGCUUCCUCUCGCUUUCCUCCAUUUUCUAUAGCCACCGGUCCACAACUUGCCGCCCCCCUCGUUCGCAUAAGUAUCAGCGUUCCCCAAGGAUUUUUUGCAGUGCAGUAGCCCCCCAGGUGUGGCCAAGAACAAGCUUCCCGUUUGAUAAGUGCCGCCAGCAUCGAUCCCUCCUGGAGUCCUGGGCCGUGAGCGUGACCCCCAACAGUUCUUCGAGAAAUGGCUUCUUCUGAUGAUCAGCUAGCGUCCGAGGCGCACGACUCCACGUCCGGCGGCGACGACGGCACGAUGGCGGCGCUAUCGCCGCCGGUGGUCGUGUCAGUGCUCGCGUCGCUGCUGGAGCGGCACAUCGCGCGCAACGAGAGGGCCCUGGCCUUAUCAAGGAGCAGCCACGGCACAGCCGCCGGAGACGAAGACGAAGAAGACGCGAGGAGGAUGGCGGCCUUCGACGGCGGCGGCACGGUGCUGGACAUGAGCAUGCGCGAGUUCCUGGACCGGUUCAGCCGGUACGCGCACGUCUCGCCGCAGGUCUACGUGGUGGCCUACGCCUACCUGGACCGGCUCGGCCGCCUCCGCCGUGGCGCCGGCCCGCCGGUGCGCGUCGUGGCGGGCAACGCGCAGCGGCUGCUGACGGCGGCCAUCCUCGUGGCGUCCAAGUUCGUGGAGGACAGGAACUACAAGAACUCCCACUUCGCGGCCGUGGGCGGGCUGGGCGCGGCCGAGCUGGGCGCGCUGGAGCUCCACUUCCUCUUCCUGAUGCGGUUCAGGCUCAACGUGAGCGUCAGCGUGUUCCGGAGCUACUGCCGACACCUGGAGAGGGAGGCGGGAUACGGCGGCGGGUACCACGUCGAGACGUGCCUCCAGAAGGCCCUCGUCGUCGUCUGCUCCGGGGAGGCGCACCACCGGCAGCAACAGCGGCAGCAGCAGCUCAGUGAUUCGUCACGUACAAGCUUAAUGUCCACUUAAAUCUAGCAGUAUGGUGUCUUACCACGAGGGCAAUUUAAGACGGCCGUACAAAUUAAUCGUGGCAGGCAGGACUGUUUGGUAAUUUGCCUGUGUUAAGCAGUUGUAUUGCACGUAAUCUCGAUUGGAAAAUGAACCGAUGCGAGGAUUUGCAGCAGUACAAAGUUUGUUUUUCUCGGUCUA